CAUAAGAGAAGACAAACCUACGCUAAUAAUCCUUUAAGAACCUUGAAGGUCCCAUACCAGGUCCCUACCUAACCUAGGUGCCUACCUAUUUACCUAAUUAUCCUGUCUUUCUCAAACAGCUGGCCUGUAUUUGUUUUUGCAUGUAAUGGCAUCGGGUGUCCCUCAGCACCGUCACACGCGCGAUCUAUUGAACCCCGAAGCUUCCGAUGUUACGAAUCCUUUGUUAGACUUACUUUCCAACACUCUUGUCCUUCACCAAACUCUCCCAUAUCUCCCCAUCUCGAGCCUCUUGAACCUCGCUGCCACUUCACCGUCUUUCCGAGAUCUUCUUCUCCGACGUACCCCCGGCGUCUUCCGACAUCUCGAUCUAAGUAAAGUUAGAAUCGCCCAAUUUGAAAUUGACGGUAUCGACCGCGGCGGUGAGGUUUGGCGCAAUGUCCAGCUCGAUGAGAAUCUGACUGAGGACGACUUCUACUCCGGACCGCUGCGAGGCAUCUUCCAGAGUAUCCGGAGACGCAACAUACUACAGCAUGUCCAGACACUAGUUCUUGACGGUCUCUCGGUGACCGCCGAGUUCUGCAAUGACAUCCUCAUUGAUCCUACCCUACGCGUACGCAUGCUCUCUAUUCGAGAUGUCACGAAUCUGAAUGAACGCAAGUUGAUGCAGUCGCUACGGUAUGCUUGCCGACCUACCCGCCCUGAGGAUACCCCUCGAUUGAAAGGGCUAUAUGUGUUCGGGGCGAGGGACACAUCUCUAGUGACUCCGCCUACGCGGGCAAGGCAGAAUGGAGCCGCUCGAGGCGCGAGCAUCAGCGUAGGAUGGAAUCACAAGUCGCAACAUGCACUACAGGAAUCCAUUCGGGGUGAAGGUGACGAUUGGUAUCAUAGAAGGGGGCGUAUCAUUGGCAAACAUAUCGCCGACGGGUGGGCUGAGACGCUCCUCGACUGCCGCGAUGUGAUCAAAUUCGACGCCGUGCUUUGCACAGGCCCCCGACACCAGAACUCUGCCGCCUUUGGUAAACUAUCGUCUAUGGGAGGCGCACCUAGUGGCGAACGUCCAUGGGGUGUUGCAACUUUUGCCCUUCGUGGAUGUGCGUCAUGCGGAACUGCCCCCGAGGGUUUCACCACGUACGGGGAGUCUCCAGCGGAGCAAUUACCGCUCCUAGCCCCAGUGCCGCUACAUUCGUCCACUAUCAAGGCCGCCACUUGUCCACGGCCUGGUAUUGGGUCAAAUAAGGGCGAAGAAGCUCACAAGUUCAUUCCUAGGUGUCUCGAAUGUAUUCGCGAACGAUACUGUUUUAGCUGCGACCAAUGGUGGUGUGAGGCCUGCUAUCAAGUACCAAGCCAACACGACCUGAACGCCCAACAUGUUCAUAUUGUUAACCAGGCGAACGGCCUGAUGGACCAUGAAAUGGCAGCUCUCGAGUUGUCCAAUGUUAAGCGGCCCAGGAUCAGCCGAAGUUGCUGGGAAUGCGAACACAAUUGCCUUGAUUGCAUCGCCAGCACCCAGAAACUCUGCAGAGCCUGCGGUGGCGGGUACUGUAUAAUACACUAUGAAGGCUCUACACUCACUUUGUGCGAUUGGUGCUCGAGACGCCGCGGUCGCCACUCUAGAGAGUUGUACUGAUCAUGAUAGGUGGUCCUGAUUAUGAGCGACCACCUAUCCACAUAUGAAGUUAUCUACAGCCUGCCUACCUACGUACCUACGUAGGUAGGCAGGUAGGCAGGUAGGUAGAUAACUACCUUAUAAUCAGUCUCGGGAAACCCGAAUUUUCAACAUUUAGGUAUAAUCAAUCGGAGGCGUUAUAAUUUCUCUACU